UGUGGAGCUCCUGCCGUGGUGGUUGAAAGUUACGGCGUAUGAUAGUCAGGGAGGGCGGCGUCACCCAACGGUCAACAUCAACAUCACCAUCUACUCUACUCGACGAUAUAGUACACUCCAGUCCCUCCACAGCAAGCAAGCAGCUUCGAUCGACUACGCAGAGUAACUCGACAUGGCUUCUGCAAUCUUCUUCCUGGACCUCAAGGGCAAGACCCUCCUGGCGCGGAAUUACAGGGGAGACAUUCCCAUGUCCGCGGUUGAAAAGUUUCCGAUUCUCCUUCUCGAGGCGGAGGAGGAGAGCUCUGCUGUGCCACCGUGUUUCUCGCACGAGGGCAUCAACUACCUCUACAUCAAGCACAACAAUCUCUACGUCCUCGCGAUCACGAAGCGCAACUCCAAUGCCGCGGAGAUACUGCUGUUCCUGCACAAGAUCGUCGAGGUCUUUACCGAGUACUUCAAGGAACUGGAGGAGGAGAGUAUUAGGGACAACUUUGUCAUCAUCUAUGAGUUGCUGGACGAGAUGAUGGAUUUCGGAUACCCACAGACCACCGAGACGAAGAUCCUACAGGAGUACAUCACGCAGGAAUCCCACAAGCUAGAGAUCCAAGCGCGGCCACCAAUAGCUGUUACCAAUGCCGUCAGCUGGCGGUCCGAGGGAAUCCGCUACCGCAAGAACGAAGUCUUCUUGGACGUGAUCGAAUCCCUGAACCUUCUCGUCAACAGCAACGGCAACGUGCUGCGCUCCGAGAUUCUCGGCGCGGUCAAGAUGAAGUGCUACCUUUCGGGCAUGCCGGAGCUGCGGCUCGGACUCAACGACAAAGUCAUGUUUGAGAAUACCGGACGGACAAGCAGAGGAAAGGCUAUCGAGAUGGAGGAUGUCAAGUUCCAUCAGUGCGUGCGGCUGUCGAGGUUCGAAAAUGAUCGCACCAUAAGCUUCAUCCCGCCGGAUGGAGAGUUUGAGCUCAUGAGCUACCGCUUGAAUACCCAGGUCAAGCCGCUGAUCUGGGUCGAGUGCAUGAUCGAGAGCCACUCUGGUUCCAGGAUCGAGUACAUGCUUAAAGCCAAAGCACAGUUCAAGCGACGGUCGACCGCGAAUAACGUUGAGAUCAUCGUGCCCGUCCCCGAGGACGCAGACACCCCCCGGUUUAGGACUAAUAUCGGCUCAGUCGCGUACCACCCGGAGCAGGCGGCCAUCAUCUGGAAGAUCAAGCAGUUUGGAGGUGGUAAGGAGUUCUUGAUGCGCGCCGAGCUGGGACUACCAAGUGUCAAGGAGGCCGAGCCGGAGCGGAAAAAGCGACCAAUAAGUGUAAAGUUUGAGAUUCCGUACUUCACAACAUCGGGAAUUCAAGUCAGAUAUCUCAAGAUUAUCGAGCCCAAGCUGCAGUACCCCAGUUUGCCCUGGGUCAGAUACAUCUCUUGCGCUGCUGACUACCACGUUCGAUUGCCGGAACCCACACAGACAUGAUUUUAAGAGCUCGCGGCGUGAUGUAAUCUUCGUAUAAUGAUAU